GGAACCUUUAUGGUGACGUUGAAUGUUAUCGGAGACGAUGGCGUCCGUGGAUCAGUCUCUGUUGGACCUUACUGAUAAAGAAACAAGGGACAGGCUGUUUCUGUGGGAGCGCUGUACCGAACCAACGGCGCCGCUGACCGAGAAGCAAACGGACUCGGUUCUGGAGCUCCGCAGUGCCGCCGAGACCGUCGCUCUUCCUGCGGACCUGCCCAUCGAAGACCUGAGCAGUCUGACCUCUCGCUGCCUGCGCUCGUCGCUCACCGCAGCCCUCCCGGCGUCCACGGAGGACGUGCUGCUCAGGGGCUUCCAGACGAUCGGUCUGGAGGAGCAGAGGGUCGAGACGGCGCAGCAGUUCUUCUCCUGGUUCUCCAGACUGCAGGCGCAUAUGGACCAGGAUGAAGGAGCCCAGUACAGGAAAACCCGCGAGUGUCUGAGCUGCUAUCAGGAGCAGUGCGAUGCCAUUCUCACUGAUGUGAAUGCAGCCCUGGAGCACCUGGACUCUCUGCAGAAACAGUACCUGUUUGUGUCCACCAAGACCGGCACGCUCCACGCGGCUUGUGAGCAGUUACUAAAGGAGCAGUCAGAACUUGUUGACUUGGCAGAGAGCAUCGAGCAGAAACUUUCCUAUUUCAAUGAACUGGAGGCCAUCAAUACGAAGCUCAACUCUCCGACAUUUUCAGUGAACAAUGAGGGCUUUAUACCAAUGCUGUCCAAACUGGAUGAUUGUAUCGAGUACGUUUCAUCACAUCCAAACUUUAAGGACUACCCAGUCUACCUGGCGAAGUUCAGGCAGUGUCUGUGCAAGGCUGUGCUCCUCAUGAAGACCCACACUGUGAACACGUUACAGAACCUCACGAGCCAGCUCACGAAAAGGGACCAAAUGGGUGUGGCCAAUGCAGACAACGCGUUUACACUCUACUAUGUGAGGUUCAGAGCAGCAGCUCCUAAACUCAAAACACUAAUUGAACAAGUUGAACAGCGGUCGGAGAAAAUCCCAGAGUAUCAGCAGCUGCUGGAGGACAUACACCAGUGCUACCUGGAGCAGCGCCAGCUCCUCCUCACCCCCUGCAUCUCCUCCACCAUCGCAGAUCUGACAGGCCGGCGGAGCAGGGACCACUGUGCUUUGGUGCGCAGCGGCUGUGCGUUCAUGGUACACGUGUGUCAGGACGAGCAUCAGCUCUACAAUGAGUUCUUCUCCAGAGCCACAACUAAACUGGAUGAGCUCCUGGAGAAGCUGUGUGUGUCUCUGUACGAUGUCCUUCGUCCCCUCAUCAUCCACGUGGUCCACCUAGAGACACUGUCUGAGCUCUGCGGCAUCCUGAAGACAGAGAUGCUGGAGGACCACGUCCAGAACAACGUGGCACAGUUGGGAGCAUUUGAAGCCGUGGUGAAGCAGAUGCUGGAGGACGUGCAGGAGCGCCUGGUCUACAGGACUCACAUCUACAUUCAGACUGACAUCAGCGGCUACAACCCUGCACCCGGUGACCUGGCGUACCCAGAGAAGCUCGAGAUGAUGGAGAAAAUCGCUCAGUCUCUGAGGGACGAGCAGACGAGGCUGGCGUGUCCAGAGUCCUUCUCUGACGUGCAGCUGGAGGACGGUGACUCCAGGAAGCUGUCCCCACCGGGUGGUGUCGAGAGCUCCCGGGUACAGACGAGUGUCUCCCCAGCUGAUCUCCAUGGCAUGUGGUACCCCACAGUGAGACGCACACUCGUCUGCCUGUCCAAACUUUACCGGUGCAUCGAUAGGGCGGUGUUUCAGGGCCUGUCCCAGGAAGCACUGUCUGCCUGCAUCCAGUCGCUGCUCAAGGCUUCUGACGUCAUCCUGAAGAACAAGAGUUCCAUUGAUAGCCAGCUCUUCCUCAUAAAGCACCUCCUGAUCUUGAGGGAACAGAUCGCACCCUUCCACACCGAUUUUGCCAUCAAGGAGAUCUCCCUGGACCUGAAGAAGACCAGAGACGCUGCGUUUAAGAUCCUUAACCCCAAGGCUGUGCCCAGAUUCUUCCGCCUCAACAGUCACAAUGCCAUCCUGGAGUUCCUGCUAGAGGGCACCCCAGAGAUUAAAGAGCACUACAUUGACUCAAAGAAAGAUGUGGACCGUCACUUGAAGUGCAGCUGUGAGCACUUCAUACAGCAGCAGACACACCUGUUUGUGGGCAGCCUGGAGGACCUCCUCACCAAGGUGGCAGCUUUAAAAACCAUGGCUGUUCACGGAGGUCCAAACUACACCCUUUCGCAGCAGCCUUGGGCUCAGCCUGUGAAGCUCAAUGACCUGGUGAUGUCCACAUACCGGGUGAUGAAGACCAAGCUGCCUGUGACUUUACAGAGCAUGUCCUUAUACCUGGCCAAUAAGGACACAGAGUUCAUCCUCUUCAAGCCUGUGAGGAACAACAUUCAGCAGGUCUUCCAGAGACUCCACAGCAUGCUGGCAGAAGAGUACAGUGGAGAGGACCUGCAGAUCAUUGCCAGCCCGUCCAUGGAGCAGAUCAGCCUGUUACUGUCGGUGAAUAAGUAGCUGUUGUGGGUUCCUUCAGUGUUCUCUAGCUUCCCCCAUUGGCCAGACCAGCAACGGUCCCAGCAGAAGCCAGAGCCCCCUGCUGGGCUGAGAUGAGCUCUGGACAUGACUGGACUUCCCGUGACUGCACUACACAGAACUUUAACUUACACCGACGGUGCAAUUGUGAAACAUGAGUAGCGGACCUGGGAUGAGAAUGUUUGGUUUUAAUUCUUUUGUUUUAUUUUUUACCAGUUUAUUUUGUACAAAUACUUCUGAUCUGUGGCGAAUGUUAUGUUGUAUGUGGGGGCUGUUCUACUACAGGAGUGCAGGUGGAGGACUCCGCCCGUUCUCUCUUCUGGAUGGAGACCUACAUUCACACACAACAGCCAGACGUGGGGCAGAAAUGAGUGAUUUUGUUUGCGCAUCCAGUGAACACAACAGCACAAGAAAACAGCUGAUAUUACACGAGAGAAAUAACACACACAGUCUUCAGAAAUAACAUGACUGUUGAUCUGAGUCCACAUAAUGACUCAUGUCAAACCUUUAUCAGCAUCUGUUUAAGGUUCUGCAUGUAUUUGGUAAAGCGUUGGUGAUGUCUUACAGCCUGGGUCUUUCUGGCUGGUUUCCUCUGAGAUGGCAUGGGUUUGGUUUUAAGGGAUGUUCCUUCAGUUCACCUGGAGACUGUUGCAAGUUUGCCCUUUAAUCUGUUUAUUUAAAUUUAGUUUGGGAUCACUCUGCUUGCUGUGUCUGGUUAUAACGUACCCGUAUGUCGUGUAGACGAUAAAAUCCCGACGGCUUCACCAAACACGAGCCUUGUCCCUGUGGCGUUGGCAUACAUGUACAGAUGAAAUGUAUUUAUUCCUGAGGUGUGAUUCCUCCCAGCUGAACGAGGCGUUCUGUUCCAGCUUCAACAACGGAAACGGAAAGUUUGAAGUGGAAGCAUAAUCCCCCAUGCUGUCUUCAAGAGACACUCCACUUCCAAAUGAGGACACCGGCUUCUCUGUCUCGCUGUCUCUCUCUUGGUAAUGACUGGAAUUUCAUCUCCCUUAGACCAGGACAAAUGCAGCCGCGUUACCGUAGUGCUGAGCUCUGGCAUGUACCCAACAUGCCCGACUGUUCUCGUUCGUCCUGGCAGGCUGAGCAGUGUUGCGUAGGGAAACUGGAGUGGCAGAUGGGUAGGGCAGGACCUGCCCCGUCUUCAAGCAUCAAAGAUGGUCACUAAUUUUAAAAUUAUGGACAAAAAGAAUCAUUUCUUAUUCCUUUUCUAUUAAGCAAGAUAAAGAUGACAUUGGUAUAGAUGGUAGUAGUUACUUUUGCACUGUUGGGACUGAUUGAUCUGAAUUAAUUAGACAUUAGCAACGUUCUGGGGGAGAUGGCCACUCUGCUGUUUAUUUCUGCGUUAGGACAAAGACCCAUCAUGUCCAGAUUUGAAGGUUGCCGGAAACCUUUGAUGUCAUUGAUGUGCUUUUUCUGAUCUUUGCACGGUUCUCAGAAAUAAUUCUUCACAUUGUUACAUAAGAAAGUUGGCAAGCUCACUCCAAAACAUCUCUGGCAGAAAAUAAAAAAGCUUAAAGUGA